AUGAUAGACGUCUUGAUUGGAAAGCAUGACAGCCGUAAAUGUCUAUAUGAAGACAUAGAUGUAACUGAAAUGACGGUUCCAAAUCCACAGAAUAUGUGUGGUGAUAGUGAUCAUAUGAAUCCAAAAGAUGAAGAUGGUGUUCCAUACAAAGAGCCCCUCAAAGUUUUAGAGCAACGGUGGUUUGAAGAAACCCAGGUUAACAAUAUGAACUUAAAAUGGUAUCAAAGACCGACGAAAACUUUGCUUUUCCUGGUUCUUACUUUACACACUUUAUCUUUUACAAUCUUGAUGGGGCCGUUAGUCAUAUUGAUGCUUCAAAAUAUAUGUACAAAAGAAGCCCCAACAAUAAUUCACCAUCAUGGAAGUGGAGGAAUGAAAAUGCCAACCAACAAAUUUAAGCGUAUGGAAAUGGGAGGAAGUGCAGGUACAGGUGGUCUUGAAGGUUGUAAGAAUGAAAACUCUCAAGAAAUAUUAUCCAAUGUACAAUCGAUAUUGUCUUUCAUAUCAGGUAUAUUAGGAAUCUUGAUGUCUGGGAAAUAUGGGCAGUUAAGUGAUCGAUUUGGAAGAAUAUUUGUAUUAAAGAUACUCGGUCUAAUAAAUUUGAUAAACUCGUUUUGCGCAAUAAUAUAUUUUCAUUUCUUCAAACAAUAUCACCAGUUUUGGAUGAUACUUUUAUUGUCACCCGGGUACUUCUCUGGUGGAAUUAUGACUAUUAUAGCUAAUGGUAAUAGUUAUCUGAACGAUAUAGUUACUCCACAGCACAGAGCUGCAUCUAUUAGUGUACUUAUGAGUUUGGUAUAUUGCGCGCUAGGUAUAGGGCCGCUUAUAGGUUCACUCAUUGUAAAACAUUCAGGUAACAAUAUGAUUCCACUUUUCUUUUCGAUUGGUUUUGGGGGAAUCAGCACCCUAUUGUCUUUCAGUGUAUUAAAGGAAAGUAGACACCCUGAGGCACUUAGAUUAUCCAAAGAGCUGUAUCAACAACGAAGUAUUGAACCUCAGCAUUCUAAUAUGCUAUUAAAAUACAUACAUGUCGUUUUGAAUUCCGUUAGUUCUUUCUUUACCCCCUUGAAAAGCCUAUGGUUACCAAAAACAGAAACUGGUUCUCUUAUUCACAGAGUCAAUGUUCUCACACUACUAUUUGUCGAUAAUUUCAAUAUGGCGGUUACAAUCGGAACUAUGAGUCCAAUUAUAUUGUUUUCGAUUUGGAAAUAUAAUUGGACAAGUGUUGAUAUUGGAUAUUACAUGAGUAUUGGUGGGUUUGGAAAAGCAUUUGUUCUGCUGGUAUUUGCACCUACAUUAUUGAGUAUAUUGACUAAUCGUUGUCGAUUUAAUGUGAAUCCCUAUUCUGUUGAUUCAGUUGAUAGAUUUACCAUUUUAAGCUCCCUGAUAUUUGUUUCGGUAUCUUUAUUAGUGGUUAUAUGCAUCAACGACCCCUCUGGAGUCUACAUUAGUAGCAUUCUACAAAGUUUAGGAGGGAUGAUAUCACCUGUUACACAGAGUGCUAUUGCAAAAUAUAGUAACGUUACAAAUUCAGGAGAAAUCUUCGGUGCAAUUGCGUUAGUUAGGCACGUUUCAAUGUUAAUUUUUCCACCAUUAUUCCUGCAAAUAUAUUCGCACUCAAUUAAAUUCAGUGCCAAAUUUUUCUUGUUUGUUCCUUUGGUUGUUUCCUUAAUGACGAUAGCUGUUAGUUUAUUCGGUUUGAAACAACAUAAGGAAUUUCAUUUGGAGCACUGCGAAAACAUUGAGCCCUUAAAUGAUUCUGAUAUUUGA